AAGCCCAGGUACUCCCGGCAUUCUGUGCGGUGGCUGAGUUUGAAACGGUCUGUGUUCCCGGCUACGAGAUGAGCUCCCUGCUGCUCCCUCCGAUGUGGCAGCUGUACCUGCUCGAAACCCGCAUCUCUACCUUCCGGAACUGGCCUUUCACGGAGGACUGUGCCUGCACCCCGGAGCGGAUGGCUGAAGCUGGGUUCAUCCACUGCCCAAGUGAGAACGAGCCUGAUUUAGCCCAGUGCUUCUUCUGUUUCAAGGAAUUAGAGGGCUGGGAACCAGAUGAUGAUCCUAUGUUGGAGCAUAAAAAGCACUCAUCUAGUUGUGCCUUCAUCAGCAUUAAGAAGAAGAUUGAAGAUUUAACACUCAAUGAGUUCCUGAAACUGGACAAAGAAAGAGCCAAAAACAAGAUUAUAAAGGAAACCUCCCGGAAAAGAACUGAAUUUGAAGAGCAUGCAAAGGAGGUACGGCAUGAAAUAGAGGAACUGGCUACAUUGGAGUGACGCCGCUCUUCUUAAAACCUUAUCCCACAGCUUCAACAUCAUUUCUGAGGCCUGUUUUCCAAAUAUUAGUAUGGAACUCCUUAAAGAUGCCUCGUAGCAGAAGAGAACUUGGGGAAUUUUAAGUUAGACUUUCAUCACCUAUUUUUUGCUUGAAGAUGGUGCCAGAUGCAACUUGAUUCCAUAUUGUCCAGCUAGUGUCUAUGGCGUUGGUGAUGUCUUUCUUUUUUGAGCUUUUUUUUUUUUUUUUUUGUAUUUUUAUAUUGCUGUCCCCUGGCCUUGCAAGGUCCUAGAUAAAGACCUGGGUGAGAAGUAGAAGGGACCAACAGCACUGAAUCCAUUUUUAUAUUGCUAUACAUGACUAAUAAACUUUCUCAGAGCUAGUACUGUUUAUAGUUAGCAUUUGUUGUCUACCUUUCUAUUUCUGUAUUUUGGGAUUUGAGGGUGCAAAUGUUCUGUGUGGGGGUAAAUUUGUAAUCUCAUGGUAAAUAUAUAUAAGUAGUUAAAGAUGCAGUAUUUUUAUACCUUGUAUAAUGAUAAUUUGGAUUUAUAUUUUACCAUUUUUACAUUGUACACAAAAUUUGAAUAUUAGUUCAUUUAUCAUAAUGGCCUUUUGAAGGUACUGUUGCUUUUGUUUUAUCCUAUCAUGAGUACGAAUGCUUCCAAUGCAAAACCUGAAUGAAAUCACAUCACUUAAAAAAACCUUUGGGGGCAGCUAGGUGGCACAGUGGAUAGAGCACCGGCCCUGGAUUCAGAAGGACCUGAGUUCAAAUUCGGCCUCAGACACUUGACACUUACUAGCUGUGUGACCCUGGGCAAGACACUUAACCCCAAUUGCCUAACAAAAACAAAAAACCUUUGAAUGAUGCCAUGUGUUUUAAAAAUUAGCAGUCUGGCUAUUUGCAGUAAUAUCCAUUUUUUGUAUUAGUGCUAGUAAACACAUUUUAUGAUUCAACAAUCUCAAAUAUAGAGAAAUAAUGCCUUAAAAAACCCCAGUACUCAUCCUCUUAGUUGGUGUUUGUAAUUGAGUCUCUCUCAAAAGUAUCUGCAGCAUUGUAAAAGGUAUGAAGAGUGUUGGAAAGACUCCUGUUUCUAGGGUGAAGAAAAGCUAUUCUGCUUUGCCCUACUUAAUUUGUUAAAAGAAACUAAUAAUAAUGGAGGGAUUGCACAGCCUCUACAAAAUCAAAUUCCCAUAAAGCCAAACAAGCCUUUUCUGGGGUCCUGGCACACUGCUGUUCUUUCCCCCUUAGAAGAAUUCCCAGAGUGCAUAUUACUUUCCGCAGGAAUACAUCUGCAGAUGAUAGCAGCGAUGGGUGGUAUAGAAUACGUGAAAUGUCUCAUGAGGGCUGCUUUCUAUUAUUGUUUCUAUUACCUUUUCAAUAAUGAUUAAAACUAAGCAGGUUAAUAUUCACCUAUCUUUCUAAAGUAUUUUUUUUUAACUGGAUUAGAAUACAUUUUUCUUUCAAGUCGCAUUUGUAGUCCCCCUCUGCAUCUCUACGGUCAUAAAAUUUAUUGGACUUAGGUGCAAACUCUUUAAAGCAACAGCAUCAACUAACAUUUAAAAGCUGAGGUCUAUUAUUGCGGAAGGGACAAGAUAGAAAAAUAAAACAAGCUAUAGUUCCUAUGCUAGACCAAAAGCUUGGCACGGAAAAAGAUUGAUGAACUUAAACCCUAGGUAUGUUGUCAACAGGCUAUUUUUCUGUGGUCAGUCUUGAUUUCAACUUAACCUUCUCUGAAUUGUCUGUUGACAUUUAGAAUGUAAGUUAUUUGAGGGAAGGGUCAGUCCUAUUUGUCUCCCCCAGCAUAUACCAGAACAUUGCAUGUAGUAGGAGCUAAAUAGAUGUUUUUUGAAAGUCCACCAUUUUAAUUUAUUCUUGCAGACUGACAUGGGGUGGGCUGUUAAACCAGAACACUAAUAGCUCUUCAGGAAAGGUGAGUCAGAAAAGUUCUAAGUUUAGAUAGAUGUGCUCAGCUGCUUUGCAUAACUUAAAGAGAGAGUGCAAAAGGAGAUAUGGAAGACUAAAUACAUUUCCACUAUUUUUAAAGCAUAGAGCAUCAUUUAAAGGUAAAAAAGUAAGCACAUUAUUGCAAAGCCUAAUGAAAAUCUAUGUAAAACCUCUAAUAAGUGUGAAGAGAGAGAAGUCUUAUCUGGCUGAAGUUGCCACUGUAAAGCUGUUAAGAAAAACUUACCAAGAGUAGGUCAGUGGACCUUAUGGUCUGGGGGUAGCUAUGCUUUUUGUAUUUUUCUGGAAGAUAAUAAUUGAAGCACCUGAAAACUGCUCGGUGGGUUAGCAUUAUCGAGACAUACUUGGUCUAUUUUGAGAAAUCUUUUGGUCUCCAAAAUGAAACUGUGGGGCAGCUAGGUGGCGCAGUGGAUAAAACACCCACCCUAGAUUCAGGAGUACCUGAGUUCGAAUCCAUCCGCAGACACUGGACACUUAUUAGCUGUGUGACCCUGGGCAAGUCACUUAACCCCCAUUGCCCUGCAAAAAAAAGAAAGAAAAAGAAAAAUGAAACUGACAGCCUUACUUUCUCAGUAUUUUCAAUUUUGCUACAUUUCCCUAGAAUCAUUGUCAUCUGAAUCAUUAAUGGGAGAGAGAAUUUGUAAUAGCAUAGGCUUUUCUCAGUAUGACUUACCUUGGCUUUUCUAUAGCAGAUUAAAAUAAUCAAUUUCAUUUCACCCACCUUCAUGAAGUUAAACUGAAAGUCAGAUUGUUAACAGUGCCACUGGACAUCUCUGAGUGUAAUUUUAAUUUUUUCAGAAAAAUAACCUCCCAAAUACUGCCACAGACCUUUCUGAGUUUUCUAAAUCUUUUUCAGGCUUUUUCUGUGAUCCCAUCAUGGUCUCCUAAAUAAUCUUUUUCUGAUGCUACAACUGAAAUUUGAUUAAUCAUUCUGGCAAAAGAAUUGAACUGGUCUUGGUCUGUCCUGUAAGAACCACAUGAGUUUUUGGACUGAUUUCUGUUAAUGCCAUCAGGAUUUCUUCCGUGAAGAGAGUUAGUUGUGAAAGAUGUGCUCUGAAAUAAUGGGGGGGGGGGAAGAAAAAUAUCAUGAAAUUUUAUUUUUAAAAAAAGUGAGCAGGGGCAAGUUCAGAAGAUACAGAUAAGGGUUUUGUUAACAUGUCACAGUUUAUGUAUACUUUAAAAACAAGCUAUACAAGAUAGAUUCACAGUUACAUACAUACAUAAUCCUUUUUUGUGUGUCCUUUACAUAUGGAAAUGUUAAUAUUGAUGAUUGUUAAGGUCAUAAUUAAAAAAAAAAUUUAAAGAUGUGCCCUGGUUUAAUCUCUUGUGCCA